AUGCUCGCCCCCCAGUUAUCUCCCUCCCACCCAUCUCCCUCUUUCAACCCAUUCACCCCCACCCCCAACCCCAACACCACCAACGCCCACAGCAGCAUGUCUGGUAGCAACUCCACCUCGGUGUUCAACGCCCUCGGCUCUUAUGCCGACCGUAUCAAAGACGCCAACGGUAAUCCUAUCAAAUCUUCUGCCCCUGCGCCCCCUGCUGCUUCUUCUUCUGAAGUUGCCCCUACUUCUCCGGCUGUCGCUGCGUCGAGUCCUGCUGCUCCUCAGCAACAACCCAAAGAAAAAUCCACUUCUUCCACCAAGGACAAGUCGUCAACGCCGUCUACUUCUACUUCUUCUACAACGCAGACGCAGGAGAAGCAGCGACAACAGCAGCAGCAAGAAGACGACGGACUCUGGGAAACCGUCCAAUCUUCACGUCAGCGAAACCACUCUACCCACACGCGUUCUGACGACCGUGACCGCCUCCCCGACCGCUCGGGCGAGGGAGGCAAGGAGGGUAGGGAAGGGGCGCAUGCGAAGAGGGGGAGUAGUUCGAAGAAUUGGAGGGAUCGGUCUGGUCGAGAGGGCGCUGGGGGUGGGGGUGGGGAUAAGGAGAGGGAGAAGCGGGAUGAGAAGGAGGAAGGGUCGAGUGGGGAUAGGAAGAGGGAUGUGAAGGAGCGGGUGAAGAAGGGCGAUAAGCGCUCAAACUCAAACUCGGGCGCUCCUUCUACAGCCGCAGCCGUCAGUGCAGAGAAGGAGAAGGAGAAGGGGGCUGAGAAGGAAAAGUCGGCCAAGGCUACGACCAAGAGCGCUUGGAAUAUCCCUUCACAAACCAUCCCCACUCCCACUCCCUCUGCCUCUGCCCCCGCCUCCGCUUCCAACCCCGCUCCCGCCAGCGCCGCUCAAAAAACCUCUUCUUCCUCAAUAGCAAGUCCCGUCACCGAUGCUUCCAAACCAACACCCACACCCAACGGCACCUCCGCCUCUACCUCCGCUUCUGCCGGCCGUACGGAUUCGCCCAAAACGGUGGUCGAGCAAGAGAAAGAAAAGGUCGAGGAGCCUGUGGUGAAGCCCAAGGCUUCUGCGCCGGUGCCGAAAGUGAACGUAUGGGAUUUGCGUAAGAAACAGUCUACUAGUACCGUCCCCGCCCCCGCCCCUGCCCCUGCCUCGACCGGCAGCGGCAAGUCUACGGACAAGUCAAUACCGAACGGUACUGCCUCAAGAGACGACUCUGCGCCCACACCUAGCGCCGCUUCCGCCUCCGCCUCCACAGCUGGAGCUGGGAAGAAUGGGGGUAGUAAGAAAAAGUCUGCAGCUGCUGCUGUCGGCUCAACAGCGCCUCUGGUGAUUAACGAUGCCCAUCUCUGGCCUGAUGUGGCGACAGCAGUGAAGGAUAAGGAGGAGAAGGAGAAGAAGGUGAGGAGCAAGGUGGAGAGUGAGACGGUUAAUUUGGGUGAGGAGAAUGUGGCGGGGACGGCUACUGGUAAAAAGCACAAAUGGACGGCGAUCCCGGCGCACGAGAUGUUGGCUGCCGCCGACCAAGCUGCCGAACAGAGUCGUCGUCAGAACAGGCUUGAGGCCAAGAAGAGGUCUGCCCGCGAAGGCGAGUCUAGCAGUACCGCCGCCCCUGGGAAGGCUACCAAGCCCAAGAAGGCUUCUGCUGUCGAGAGCGGUAGUGUGAAUGGUGCGGGCAGUAAGAAGGCGGUUCGUGCGGCGAAGGAAGCUGCUGGGAGUGGUGUCAAGGGUGAGGCUGAGGUUGGGAAGGUCAAUGGUACUGGCGCUGGGGAGGGGAAAGGUAAAGAGCAGGAAGGGAAGGCAGGUACAUCCUCCCCCGCUCCUCCUACUUCCAUCUCCGAACCCAACCCCAUACCCGAAUCUUCCGCUGCUCAAGCCGACCGCCAACUCGCGUCAAAACCCAUGCAAACCAGCCAAACCGCGCCCAUCCCUUCACACACAUUCACCAACCCCACCCCCGGCGCUGCUGCCGCCGGUGCUGGUGGAGCCCGUCCGCCUAGAGGGCGGAACGACCCUGCCCGCGGCUCGUUCGGUGGACGAGGUAGGGGAGGGUUCAGGAGCAAUUCUGCUAUCGCGCACCAUAAGGGCCACGGGGUGCCUUACACCUCCCCGCCUAUGGGCUUCAUGGGUCUCCCCAUGGAAGGUAUGCCCUACCCCUCCGCCAACGGUAACGCGCCCAACCUUUACCAACGAGGAUUCGGUAUGGGCUUCCAGCCCUUCUACCCCGCCGCUUCUGCUUCUGCUGCCGGUGGUGCGAACGGUACACAGGCACAGGGGAUCUACGACCCCAUGCAGUAUGCCAACGCCUACCGCGGGGCGAGCAUGCCUCCCCCGCCGAUGCCGCAGACGGUGGUACCGAACCUUGAUCCGCUGAGGUUCUAUGUGCUUGGGCAGGUGGAGUAUUACUUUAGUAUGCAGAAUCUCGCUAUGGACUUUUUCCUUCGUCAACAGAUGGAUUCGGAAGGAUGGAUUGAUAUCGGCAUGAUCGCCUCUUUCAACCGUAUCAAAUCCCUCACCCCCGACGUCGCUAUCGUACGCGAAGUCAUGGCCCUCUCCAACUAUCUCGAAGUGCGCGAAGACAAGGUCCGCCUGGCUGGUGCCGAAUCGCAUCGAUGGGUAUUGCCUGAAGCGAAACCGAGUACUAUCAAGCCCGACCCCAGUCAAACUGCCGGAGGUAGUGCCGAAGCAGGGGGGAAGGAGGUGGUUGAAGGGGCUGAGGGUGUGGAAGGGAGUGGGAGUGGGGGCGAAGGUGCGGCGGCGGGGAUGGGCGGGCAGAGGCGUCCGGCAAACCCGCAAAGAGGGUUUGUAGCUGCGGACGUGCAGAGCGCGUUGAUGAAGAGCAGCUCGGCGAGGGAGGCUGCAAAGGAUAAAGAGGCGGAGGCAGAGGCGAGCGCGAAUACGAGUGUGGCGGAUAUGACCGUGACGCCUGCGACCUCGACGUCGACGUCGGGCGAUGUGGGGAAGGAUGAGAAGGAAGAAGAGUCCAAGGCUGAGCAAUGA